AUGAGCCCAGGAGCCACCCGUUCCCCUGGGCAGGGGGUCCCACCCAGCACACCGGGCUGGACCAGACAGCCACCCGCUGGGGGCCGGUGCGCACCCCGAUGCCACGGCCAAGCGCCCCGGGGCCCCGGGGGCCCACCCCCCCAUCCCUACCUCCCAUCCCACCAAGCCCAGCCCCCAAACCCCGCACACCCUCCACCCCAGUGCCAACCACAGCCCAGAGCGGCAACACCAGCUGCCAGGAACCCCACCACAGUCCACCACCCCGCCAGCAACCGCCACACCCCCAAUACCCGCACACACAUAUCUUUCCCGGUCACAACACGUCCUGCGGCGGGCAAGAGGGCAGCCAGCCCAGCCCCCUCCCCCCCGACCACAAUCCCCAUGCACACACAUCCUUCAUCAGAAGGCAGCAUCCCCCCAGCAAUGCAGCCAGGGGCCGCCAAGGAGCGGGGCAGUCCAGAGACCCCGGGCACCCAGCGACCGCAGCCAGAAGGCUGCCGCCCCCCCCAGAGGCCACUCACACACUCAAUCAUCCUAUGCAGUCGAGGGGGCACGGACCCGGGACCAGCCGCCCCAAAGCCCCCCAAACAGGCACGGGGACCCACCACACUUCAUACCUCAUUAAAUUCUUAA